GUAGCAGCAGCAGCAGUAGCAGCAGCAGUAGCUGCAGCAGCUAGCAGUCGCCAAGGGGCAAUGAUUUCACACUGCAGUGCUCUGUUGACGUCAGCACACCUACCGGAUACGAUCAUCCAACCGUAACGACACCUACCGGACAGACAUAAAGCUCAACCGCAUCCUGGCACCAGGACAACCGGAUGCAGACUGCAUAUAUUAUGUAAAACGCAAAUUUCGCGUUGACGUGCUAGACUGGUCGCCCGUCGUCCUUGCAACGUGUCACGCCAUCUACUCGCCUGCUGUGAUGCGUGACGCGAACCACGCGCGCGGAAGUCUACGUGGCGUGCGCGCAAAAUCUCUGUAACUAUAAACGAAGAUCUAGCUUUAGCAUAAUAUGUUCGUAGUUUUACCGAUUUUGACUUCUGUAUAUAACACAUUAGUAUGCUUAACCCACAUACCGCUACGUACACGCAACUCGCAGUAGAUGUGCCCAACGUAUAGUUUUUUUUAAUGCUUAUACGGGAUCAUUUUUUAGCUAGAAUGAUUCACGAAAUAGACGAACUGGGUUAGGUGCCUUCAGGGCAUGUUGUUGCAUGCGCAUUAGUAAGGGGGCAGGGUCGCGGUUGACAGCCCCAACAUGUACACAUAUAUGGGACGACUGUAGUUUUAGCUGGUUAAAUGCUGGCACAAGGAGUGCACCGUGUAAAGUGGCUAUAGAGAAAUACUGGCGAGAGAAUAUACUGAUCUAUGCAAGUGCCAUGUGGUUCGUCACAGUUAUUUUGUUGGUUAGCUGCAGUACUGAAGCAGGAGCUAUGCCAGAUAACACAAGUCAACCUAUACCCGGGCACACAGGCCAGGGCAUGCCAGCUGGCCAGUCUAUGUCACGUAACUUCGGAAGUGUUUUGGUGGAUAUCGACCGACAGCUUAUAACCCGAAUACAAGAGAAGCGACAACAACAACAGCAGCAACAGCAGCAGCAACAACAACAACAACAACAACAACAACAACAAAAACAGCAGCAACAACAACAACAACAACAACAACAAACACAACAACAGCAACAACAGCAACAACAUCCGCAACAACGGACCUCGGGUCCACUACAACGACGACGGCUGCAUUUGCUACACCGUCUAAAGCAGCGACUCGACAGCCGACGACAAGAAUUACAGCAACUACUGCAAAUACUACAGCAACAACAACAACAACAACAACAACAACAACAACAACAACAACAACAACAACAACAACAACAACAACAACAACAUCAACAGGAGCGGCAGCAACAACAACAGCAACAGCAGCAGCAACAAGGAACAGGAGACAAGGCCCAGCUCAACGAUCAGCCACAGGUGACGUCGUCAGCAUCUGGACAGAUAUCGUCGGUGAUUCGUCAGCUGGAGCAAACGAACAGCGCCCUCUCUCGGUUGUCUGAGAACAUACGGCGUCUGCAAUCAGGAGGCGACGGCGCGAUGAUACCUGCAGAACCGCCGCCGCCGCCGACGACGACGACGGCAACGAAGACAAUGGCGAUGAUGAUGGUCUCUCCCAACAUCACGGACGUAUUUAAGCCCAUUCGCCCCUUGUUCGCAGCAGGAGGAGGUGGAUUCAAUAUAGGAGGAGUGCCACCCGACCCACGCGAAGCAAUCCCCGGUCGAAAAUAAUGGCGGAAAAACAAUGGCGGAAAAGCAAUGGCGGAAUAAAUAACCGCAGAAAUAUAAUGGCGGGAAAAUAAUCGCGGGAAAAUAAUUGCUGAAAGUGAGGACAGGAAAACAAUGGGGGGAACAAUCGUGGGAAAAUAAUGGAGAGCAAAUUAGGGCUAGUGAUGUUGUGAACUUGUGGGGCGUGCGAGGCAACAUCUACAAAUAAUUCCUGUAGGGGAAAU